CGGCAGCCGAGCCCAGCAGUCACCCAGCACAGCAGGCAGUGCGCGGGUAGUGCAGGUAUGCGCGGCAGGUACUGCAUGUAAUCAGUACCCGCUGCGAGUGGCCGUUGGCAGUGCGCCUGUGCACGCCAACACCCAACCAGCGUGCCAGCAUGCGGUAACGCACGCCAGCACGCAGCGUCGCUUGAUGAUGGCUUCGGCAGCAGCCUGCUCGAGUAGCCAGUGUUGCGGGAAGGCACAGCGCACGCCCGCAGCGUUCAGUUGCAUGUCGGCACGCGCGUCCAUGGCCAGCACCGCACCGUCAGCCGUGCAGCAGCCGCGCCACGCCCUGUGCAUGCCCAACCGUGGUCAGGUGCACGCAGCACUCUCGGCCAUGGCCAUGGCAGGCAGGCCGCAACGGCCGUGCCCGCAUCAGUUCCACCAGCAGCCGCGGCCGCAGCCUUGGCAGGCCGGCCUGGAGUUUAUCUUUGAGGUCAUGGACUGUCCAGAUAGAUAUCGUGUAGUUUAUGCUCAGCUUCAGCUCACUGGUGAUGCUAGGCUCUGGUGGAAUGCCUACUGGAGCAUGCGUCCCGGUGAGAAAGCGGGUUGUACGUGGGAUAUGCUCAAGGAGCUAGUCCGCGAAAAGUACUACCCCUCAUAUUAUUGGGCAGAGAUGGAGCGUCAGUUCUUAGCGCUCCAGCAGGGCACUCGUACUGUUGAUGAGUACGAGAGAGAGUUUACUAGACUUGCAGCUUUC